GCCCUUUUUAUUUUUUAUUCUUUUUAUCCUUUUUAUCCUCUUUAUUCUUUUCUUUCUCUACUUUUUCUAUCAUUAUAUUUAUUUUUCGUAUCCAAAAGUAGAUUUCUAAAUUCAACACCAAAUUCAACCUUUAAUUACUACUUCUUCUGCUACUGCUACUAUUAAUUUUUAUAUUUACACGCAAAGACAUCCUCAUUACACAAACGCACGCUCCUUCGCCCACUCUUAUUAUGCAGUAUGUCGGCAAAGUCUUCUCGACAGUCAGCCAACUGUACAAGGAGCUCAACCCAGCGACACUCAGCGGCGCCAUCGACGUGGUAGUGGUGGAAGAUAAGGACGGGAAUUUCAGCUGCUCGCCCUUUCACGUGCGCUUCGGCAAAUUGCAGCUCCUCCGUCCGUCGGACAAGGCUGUUCAGGUUAUUGUGAAUGACAAGCCGGCCGAGUUUUACAUGAAGGUCGGUGACUCUGGUGAGGGCUUUUUUGUUUUGGAAACGGAGAGCGAUGUGCCGAGCCAGUUUGUCACUUCGCCUGUGGCGUCGCCUUCUCUGUCGUACAGGAUUGGGGAUGACCCCGAUUUCCUCGAUCUUGGCGCUAACAACGCUGCCGACCAGCUUAACAAAGGUAAGCAAGCAAUAAAUAGGUGUGAUGCGAUGCGAUUCGAUUCGAUGCAGUGAUGGCAAUGUCUUAUUUUUAAUUUUGCAAAUGCAGAGAAAGAAAGGAGAGCUAGCGCUGCGAAGCUUGCUUGAUUAUUUGCU